GCGCCGCCGCGGCUGGUGGCGCCGCCGCGGCUGGUGGCGCCGCCGCGGCUGGUGGCGCCGCGCCGCGCCUAUGCGCCGCGCAUGACCGCGACCGACGUCUCGGAGGCCGCGGCCUCGGCCGCGAUUCCAGCGAGCACCAACGUCUUUUGCAACCGGGCGCUCAACCUCGGCGGCAUUCAGGCGGUGGGCUUCGACAUGGACUACACCCUCGCCGAGUAUGUUCCCGAGACGUUCGACCUCCUCGCGUACGACGGCGCGAUCGAGAAGCUCGUCAACACGAUGGGCUACCCGGCUGCGGUGCUUGAUCUCGUGUACGACCCGCACGCGUACAUGCGCGGGCUCGUCAUCGACAAGAAGCGAGGCAACCUCCUCAAGCUCGACCGGCACAAGUACGUCAAGGUUGCGUACCACGGCCUGAAGCGCAUGACCCCGGAGGAGCGCAAGGCCAUCUACGCCACCUCCUUCGAGACGGCGCCCGCCUUCACGCCGCCCGACUUCUCCACCAUCGACACCGCCUUCCUCCUCGUCGACGCGUGCCUCUUCUGCCAGCUGGUCAGCUACAAGGACGACCACCCCGACGAGGUGACCAAGUCGUACGAGCAGAUCUACCGCGACGUGCGGCGAGCAGUCGACCUCUGCCACUGCGAUGGCGUCAUCAAGGACGCAGUCGCCGUCAACCCGGCUAAGUACAUCCGGUCGGACCCAGCCCUCGCGACGAUGCUGACCGCGCUCAAGCAGGGCGGCAAGCAGGUCUUCAUCGUCACGAACUCCCUCUACGACUACACGGACGUCGUGCUCCGCCACUUGCUCGGAGCCAGCUGGCUCGACUACUUCGACCUCGUCGUCUGCGGCGCGCGCAAGCCCGGCUUCCUCCUCGACCCGUACCUGCCCAUCUUCCAGGUGCGGCAGGACGGCUCGCUCGAGAACGCGGAGAUCAUCAGCCCGCAGGACGGCGCGCGGCUGUUGCAGCGCUCGCGCGUCUUCCAGGGCGGAAACUGGCAGCACCUGCAUGCGCUGCUCCAGCUCGCGUCCGGCUCGGGGCUGCUGUACGUCGGCGACCACAUGUACUCUGACAUUCUCCGCUCCAAGCGGACGCUCGGAUGGCGGACCCUGCUCAUCGUGCCCGAGCUGCGCGACGAGCUCCUCACGGCCGAGGACCAGCCGCACCCCGGGAGGCGGCCGAUCUCGGUUCGAUCUCGGCUCGAUCUCGGCUCGGUCUCGCUACAGGAGACGCGCCACCUCGCCGCUGCCGUCGACGAGGCGUACGCCGAGCGGGCGGCUGCGCGGCUGCAGCACCUCGAGAUCCGGCGCUCGCAGCUCGAGAUCGACUCGGAGGUGGAGGCGCUGCUCGAGGGCGACGGGGGGGCGGCCAAGGCGGAGGCGCUCUCCGAAGAGGAGCGCGCGGAGCUGCUCGAGCGGCUGGGCCCCCCUCCCGCGCUGGCCGAGCUGGACGAGCGGAUAGCGGAGGCGCGCGACCAGCAGCGCGUGCUCUCCUCGGCACUGAACGAGGCUCUCUGCCGGCAGCACGAGGCCUACCACCCCGCUUGGGGGCGCCUGUUCAAGACGGGCGCCCAAAACUCGCGCUGGGCGCAGCAGGUGCAGGAGUACGCGUGUCUGUACACCUCGCACGUCACCAACCUCGUCCAGUUUGCGCCGGACACGUCUUUCCGCGCGCUCUCCGACCUGAUGCCGCACGACCGCGCCCCGCCGGCUUGAGCUUGGGCGAGAGCGCGGCUGUGACGCCUCUCUCGCUCGAGCGGACGACGACGUGUGUGAAUUGUCGCACACAAUUGUAUACAG